CAAUACCUAUUUCUAUCCAUAGAAACCAAUAAUUGUGUUAGGGGCCUCAUGUGAAGUAUAAAUAGACGGUGAAGGCAGAAGGGGAAAGGAUAGUACUUGUGAGGCCUUUAGAAAACAACAAGAAGGAAUAUUUGGGCAUUUAUUUGGUCAUUUGCAAGUGUCUCUUCUCUUCAAGAUCAAUGCCAUCGCCGUCGUCUUCGCUGGAAAAUGAAGUCGGAAAAGCUCAUCACCACCACUAUUCACCACAACCGAAGCCCGUUCAAAGAAAGCCGGGUGGUUGGAAGUCCAUGCCUUAUAUUUUAGGAAAUGAAUCUUUCGAGAGACUCGCGUCAAUUGGGUUGGUAGCUAACUUCACUGUGUUUCUAAUGACGAUAUUCCACAUGAACCAAGUAUCAGCAUCAAAUCUAAUCAACAUUUGGUCGGGAAUCACCAAUUUUGCACCACUCAUCGGAGCCUUCAUCUCUGAUGCCUAUGUUGGCAAGUUUUGGGUCAUCGCUUUCUCCUCCUUUGCUACUCUAAUGGUAAUAUUCAUCAACUUUGCUAGCUUGCUUACAUGAUACAUCAAUUGUAAUAUUAUCUUUUUGCAACAAGUUGUGUAAAGGUAAUAUUCCAAUUCUGUGGUAAUUUUUGGGGUUUGGUAUACCAAGCACUCCAAUACUUCACGUUAUUUUUUUUUGAUUAUGGGAUAUUCUAAUGGUUAAGGUGUGUGUCUCACAACUAAAAAGUUGAAGAUUAAUUUAAAUCAUGUAGAAUGUGGGUUAUAGUGUAUUUAUCCUAAAACAUCUACGACUUGCUGUUAAGGGGAAAAAAUAUUUAGAUUAUCACGUACGACUAGAUUGGUUGGACUUUUUGAUUAAUUAAACAAACAAGUUGUUUGCUAUUGGUUGGACUUUUUGAUUAAUUAAACAAACAAGUUGUUUGCUAUGUAGACAUCAUAUUAAUUAGUACUAUAUAUAGUUCUAAUAUCAUCAUAGCUAAUUUCCUGUACAACUCGUCUUGUCGUAGUCAUCUUAACUAUAACAAAUUAGCUAUCACGCAUCAACAAUGUUAUAAAUUAAUUUAUCGCCAAUUAGUUUAUUAAUAUUAUUAACAAAUUUUUAUUUAUAUGUGCGUGAUAUUUGUAUUAGUUACUGAUUGGUAAUACAUGUUUUUUUCCCGCGUAAAUAAACCCUAUAAAAUGUGUAUAAUAAACACACAUAUUUAUUUGUAUAUACUACACAACCAAUGAGGGAGAAUAAUGUCAGACAAAAACCAAUGUGGAAGAAUAGUGCCAGGCAGUAGCUUGUAACUUUCUAAUUGGUUUGGGAAUAUUACGAUUUUAACCCCUAGUUCAAAAUUACUAAUUUACCUUAUGUUCAAAGUUACAAUUUUACCCCUAGUUAAAAAUUGUAUCAUUGUCAUCGCUUUAGCUUUUGGUAAAUUACGAUUUUACCCCAGCCCAAAAUUACAAUUUUGCCCACAGUUAAAAAUUACAAUAUUGUCAUCGUUUUAGUUUUUCUAAAAGGUGUGUGGGGGAAUAGUGCCAGACUGUUGCCUGCCACUCCCCCAUUGGCCCGGGUAUGAUACAAUUUUACCCCAAUUAAAAAAUACGAAUUUGCCCCUUUUCAAAGUUAAAAUUUUGCCCAUGUUAAAAAUUACAGUAUUGAUGUCGCUUUCCUUUUGACAAAUUACCAUUUUACCUCCAGCCAAAUAUUACAAUUUUCCCGCAAUUCAAAAUUACAGUAUUGCUAUAGUUUUAGUUUUUUUAGCCAAACUAUAGAAGUGUUUUGUUUUAAUUGGUUGACUCGAUUUAAUUUUUUUCGUGUCAAUUAGCUACUUAACACUCGCUUAUUAGUUCUAAAAAUUACAGUUUUUCUCUGAGUCUAAAAUUACGGUCUUGCUAUUGUUUUAGUUUUUUCGUAACAAAACUAUGAUAUGUUUUUUUAAUUGAUUGAUAAAUAUUUGGCUUAAUGCCCGCAACUUGAGCGGAUCAACUAGUUUUACAUAUAUGAAAAGCAUGAUGUCAUGUAUAUCAUGAUCAAAAGAUUGUAGGGAUUUGUUCCAAAGAAAAACAACGGGAAAAGUUUAGAUUGGUCAUCCACUACAUCUGCAAAAAGUAUACAUGAAUUCUGAUGGACACGUCACGGCCAUGAAUGUCAUGAACGGUGAAAGCGAGGCAUGCUUUUGCUGGUUUUAUUUUGGGACACACAUCUCCUCUACCUCUAUAUAUAGUGGAUAUAUAAUGGGAAUGGUGACCAUGACCUUGAUAGUGGCAUUACCAAAGUUGCACCCACCAUCAUGUGCCCCCCUUGUUAACCAAUGUCAGGGUCCAACCACUAGACAGUUUGGCUUCUUGGCCUUAGCCCUUGGGUUCCUGUCCAUUGGCACGGGUGGGAUAAGACCUUGCAGUUUGCCUUUCGGCGUGGACCAAUUUGACCCAACCACCGAUGAAGGUAGGAAAGGCAUCACUAGCUUCUUCAAUUGGUAUUACACCACCUUCACAAUCAUUGUGCUCAUAGCCAUGACCCUUGUGGUCUACAUUCAAGACUCAGUCAGUUGGGUCUGGGGGUUUGCUAUACCAACCAUGCUCAUGGCAUGCUCCAUUGUGUUGUUCUUUGUGGGUACUAAGCUCUACAUUUACGUCAAACCCGGAGGUAGUAUUUUCUCCGGGAUCGCACAAACGCUUGUAGCUGCCUACAAGAAACGUAAUCUUAAAGUGGAGAUGGCAAUGCUAUAUGAUCCACCUAUUACUAAAGGAACAUAUCAAUUCCCAAAGUUGCCUCUAACUAACCGGUUUAGGUACUUGAACAAAGCUGCUAUAAUAUUGGAGGGCGAUACAAACCCCGUUGGAUCUCCAAUAAGUCGUUGGAAGUUGGCAAGUAUACAACAAGUUGAAGAAGUAAAAUGCCUAAUAAAAGUUAUUCCUAUAUUAUUUUCGGGUGUACUUUGUUUCACAGCGAUAAUCCAACAAGGGACUUUCACUGUGUCACAAGCCCUGAAAAUGGACCGUCAUCUGGGCCCACACUUUCAGAUACCAGCAGGGUCAAUAGGUGUCAUAUCCAUGAUCACAAUUGGGAUAUGGCUCCCUAUCUAUGACAGGAUCCUUGUCCCAUCUCUUAGAAAAAUCACAAAAAUAGAAAGUGGGAUAACGCUACUCCAACGUAUUGGAAUCGGAAUUGUUUUUUCAAUCUUCGCGAUGAUUGUUGCUGCAUUGGUUGAGAAAAAGAGACGAGCUUUUGCUAAUUUUCACAACCGGCCGGACGGACUAGCACCUUUAUCGGUCAUGUGGCUCGCGCCACAACUUAUCUUGAUGGCGUUUGCCGAAGCAUUUAACAUUCUUGGCCAAUUAGAGUUUUACUACAAGGAGUUCCCGGAUAACAUGAAAAGUGUGGGUAACGCGAUGUUCUUCGUGACGGCUGGGGCCGCAAAUUAUGUGAGUAGUGCAUUAGUUACUACGAUUCAUAAAACGACAGGAAAACAUGGACACCCGGAUUGGUUAACCGCAGAUAUCAAUGCCGGAAAAGUUGAUUACUUUUAUUAUGUGAUAGCUGGAUUGGGGGUGUUGAAUUUGGGCUAUUAUCUUUUAGUCGCAUCUCAAUAUCAAUACAAGGAAAACACCCAAGAUAAUGAAGCCGAAUCCCAAUUGGAUAUCGAGUUAAAUGCAUCCAAAAAAUGAGGUCCCUUGCUUUAGAGAGAUACAAGAGUAUAUAUAUCUGGCGUAUCAAAUUGUAAUAAAACGAGAGAUGAAUAUGGCUAUAGUCUAUAGUUAAUUAUUUAAUGUAUAAAUAUGGUGCUAUGAUAUAGAAUUAACGUAACAUUGCUUA